AUAGAAGGGCUUACCAAAAAGAAGAGACAAGGAGCAGCACACAGAAGCAAGGAAAGAAAGGCAUAAAGGAAAACCCUUGGUUGGUUCCCUUCAACUCAAAAUCGAAGAAGAAGCGAUAGAAAUAAAAUCAAUGGCUGAGAAAACCGACGUGAAUGCUAAAUGGGACGCGUGUCUCGAUCUGUCUGUCCGUCGCUUCGUUUACUCUUCCUUGGCCGGUGCCUUUGGCGGUCUUCUCCUCUUCAGGUCCCCUGUGUCUCGUUGGGCAUCUGUGGCUUUCGGUGCUGGAGUAGGCAUUGGGUCUGCGUACACGGACUGUUCUCGUAUUUUUCAGGGAUCACCUGCAAAGAUGGAAUGUCCCAAGAAAACAUCAAGUGUUCACAAGGAGUUAACACCUCUGAAUACUCCCAGUGUUCCUGCUUCUCAGGAUGGCCAGGACUGAGAAAUGUUAUAUGAAGCUAUCCUCAAGUUGCUUGGUUACAGAUCAGAAUUUUCUUAAAAAUGAGAUUGCUGUUGUCCUUUUUCCCGGGUGGCUUUUGAAAUUGUAGAAUGAACAUUGUCCUUGAUGGUUACACUGUUAAUGUACUCCAAAUUUCCAAUAGAUUGUUACCUUCUGUCCUGUAAUUCUAUCAGGGUAAAGUUUUAAUACCAACAAAACGAAAGAAAUAAUAGACUCAGGUGAAACCAUAAGGUGGAGAUCUUA